AUGUACCUGUUUCAUAAAACAGAAAGCAAUGAAGUUUACCGGGAAAAACAACGGAGAUACUUAAAAAUUUGGCUAAUUUUGUGCCUGUUUCCAAGAACCUGUGUAUCGAAUCCUUCCAAACCUAACUUUUUGCUGAUACUGGCUGAUGACCUUGGUAUUGGAGAUGUGGGUUGCUAUGGCAAUGAUACAAUAAGGACCCCUAACAUUGAUGGCCUGGCAAAGGAUGGAGUGAGACUCACUCAGCACAUUGCUGCAGCAGCUGUCUGUACUCCAAGCAGAGCUGCUUUCCUGACUGGCAGAUACCCCAUCAGAUCAGGCAUGGCAUCCAGCACUGAGCGUCAGGUUCUCUUCUGGAACGGUGGUUCAGGGGGGCUCCCACCAAAUGAAACCACUUUUGCCAGAAUACUCCACCAGCAAGGUUAUUCUACAGCACUUGUAGGGAAGUGGCAUAUGGGUGUGAACUGCAAAACUCGCCAUGAUCACUGCCACCAUCCUUUAAAUCAUGGUUUUGAUUAUUUUUAUGGCAUGCCUUUUACCCUUCUCAAUGAGUGUCAAGGCUCAGAUGACCCUGAAUUGGCCAAGUCUUUGCAAGAUACAUAUUGGUUUUACACUCAGAUGAUCAUCCUUGCAGUAUUUACUCUUGUGAUUGGAAAACUUGCCAAUUUAUUCCCAGUAAAAUGGAAAAUAAUCAUCUGUCUGGCCCUCUGUGGUCUCCUUCAUUUCAUCUCCUGGUUCUCCUGCUAUGGUUUCACCAAGCACUGGAACUGCAUCCUGAUGAGAAACCAUGAUAUCACUGAACAACCAAUGAACCUACAAAAAACUACUUCUAAUAUGCUGAAGGAGGCAAUUGCAUUCAUUGAAAGAAACAAGCAUAGACCAUUUCUUCUCUUUGUUUCCCUUUUACAUGUUCACACCCCUCUCAUUACCACAGAGAAGUUUCAGGGAAGAAGCAGGCAUGGCCUGUAUGGAGAUAAUGUAGAGGAGAUGGACUGGAUGGUGGGCAGGCUUCUGGAUGUUAUUGACAAAGAAAACUUGAAGAAUACCACCUUCAUUUAUUUUGCAUCUGAUCAUGGAGGAUUCUUAGAGGCUCACAGAGGAAAUUCUCAGUUGGGUGGAUGGAAUGGGAUAUAUAAAGGUGGAAAAGGAAUGGGAGGCUGGGAAGGAGGAAUCCGUGUUCCAGGCAUAGUUAGGUGGCCAGGAGUGUUGCCUGCGGGGACAGUCAUCGAUGAACCCACGAGCCUCAUGGACAUUUAUCCUACAGUAGUUCAACUGGCUGGAGGGACAGUGCCCCAGGACAGGGCCGUGGACGGGCACACCUUGCUGCCCCUGCUGCAGGGGACAGAGCAGCGCUCCAGGCACGAGUUCCUGUUCCACUACUGCGGGCUGUUCCUGCACGCCGUGCGCUGGCACCAGAAGCACAGUGGCACUGUAUGGAAAGCUCAUUAUGCCACUCCAGUAUUUCAGCCAGAAGCCUCUGGGGCCUGUUUCAGAAGAGGAAUGUGUCCAUGUUUCGGGGAUGGGGUAAUCCAUCAUGACCCUCCACUACUGUUCAAUCUCUCACAAGAUCCGUCUGAGGCAAAUCCUCUUUCAGCUGACACUGAGCCCUUGUUUGACACUGUGGUGAGGAGAAUGAGAAGAGCUGUGGAAGAGCAUUGCAAGACUCUGACUCCAGUCCCACAACAGCUCUCUCCUUACAAUAAUAUAUGGAAGCCGUGGCUGCAGCCAUGCUGUGGCACAUUCCCGUUCUGUUGGUGUAAUGAAAAUAACAAAACAUAG